AUGGGUGUCAAAGAAAUCUGGGACGUCAUUCCAAACGAGUACAAUGAAUAUAUCCCUCUUUCAGUAUUUGUGGAUCGGUUUACCCGUGAACACAACCGGUGUCCUGUUCUGGCUGUUGAUGCUUACACCUGGUACUUUGAAACUAAACACGCUGCCCCAGAACAUCGCAUCAGAAUUUUUUUUGAUCGUUUGUGUGCUUUUCGUCGUUGUGGUAUCCAACUUAUCAUGGUUUUUGAUGGUCAAGCCAAACGUCGCAAAUUGCGCUGGGGCUCAGCUUUCCCCUUAUCUACUAAUGACCACCACCACCGCGAAAUCGAUCUUUAUUACAAAGAGGUAUGCCGUAUGAUGGGUGUACGUGUGGUCACCGCUUCUUCAGAAGGUGAAGCAGAGUGUGUUCAAAUUGAGGCUUCUGGUGUUGCAGACUUUGUUUUCACAAACGAUACUGAUGCACUUGUUUACGGUGCUCGAAAUAUUAUAAGAUACCCCAAAAAAAACAUUCUCGUUGAAGGAGCUUUUGGAGAAGCACCUAAAAGGAUUGAAGAAGCAAAACUUAGCGGAUAUGAUCGUUAUGUUUGUGUCACUAGAAUUCCCCCAUUUGACCCCAAAUUUUCUCAAAACGCAUUCAUCAUGUACGCUAUCCUACAAGGAGACGAUUAUGAUGAUGGCACUCAUGGAAUCGGUACCGUUUACUCUUAUGAAAUUAGUUUUCCACCAACACGCUUUGCUGACCGUUUAAUAGAAAUUUAUCGCAAAUACAAACUGAUGAACUCAGGAAGCUUAUCUGCCCUUCCACCACCAGCUGCUGUUCAAGCAGAAAAACUAAAGCGCGACAUUCUUGUUGAACUCCGGAAAAACACUUCUGGUUAUUUCCGCAAAAAAAUCAGCGAAGCAGUUGCAGCUCAAUACAUUUCAAAAUUCCCUAAUUGGAAAGCUGUAGAUCAAUACCUAACCGUAUCGUCCCGUAUUGCAAUACUUAAAAAUAAUCCUGAAAAAGCAGAGGCUAUUAAGAAACAAAUUGAUGCAUACCAUGCUUCCCCGCCUGCUAUUCCACCUAUUGAUAUAAAUAGGAUUUGGAAGUUCUGCUCAGCGACUCUUGAAUUCCCAGCUUUCCGGUUCCUUAACUCAAUUAUUCCGACAUUACUUCCAUACAUUAUAUCGCAUGAUUCCAAGCUUCUUGAGAUUAAAAAUAAAAAAUCAUACCGAGAAGGUGCUACUAGUUCUUUUUUCCGGAGUGGAGAAAUUGUCACUACAGGUGUGUCAACUUCUUGCACACGUGCCCAACGUGCUACUUCCUCUAACUCAGGUUCUUCCUUUCAUGACAAUUCAGAUAUAAAGCUUAAUCACACGCUACCAGAUUACUAUAAUAUCAUUCUCACGCCAUGUGAUCUAUUUAAAGCACUUAACGUUGACGUUUGUGCAAUUUCUCAAUCGAGCUCUGAUUUCCAAGAGGUUAUCAAUACUCCUUGGAAGAACAUUGUACCUGAACAUGUGCUACGUGCCUGUAAAUAUGGGUACAUUGCUGAGCAUGAGGCUAGGAAACUUGAGGAGCAGGCCAAAAAACUAGAAAAGGCUAAAACAAAAAGUGCAGCUAAAAAACGAUCCUUAAAAACAAGUCGCUGUGCGACUAAAGCAACUAAACCCACCAAACUAAAAGAACAAAAAGCUCAUUUAAUUGAAUCAUGUUCUCAUGGGGAAAAUAGUGAUACUGAUGAAGAUAUUUUUGCACCUAUAAACUUGGACAAUACAGGCGUCAAUAAAGAAGGUUCACACUCUUUUAGGCGCAUUCACGAUGUCUUUCCCUCAAAAUCAAAAACCAAUUUUUUGGAGCAAAACACAACUUCAUUACCCAUGUUUGCACAUUCUUUUCAAAAUCGGUCACGUUCUUCUUUUAUUGAUCUCACUGCAGAAGUUUUAGAGGCUCCUAGUUUUAAGAACACAAUAAUUAACCCUUUGAAAAACACACCCCGAAACCGCCUCAAUGAAGUUAUUUCGUUGGAAACUGACGACUCGGAUGAGGAUUUGUUUGCACCAGCACUCAAGUGUGAUUGUUACGGAAACAUGAACGACGAUUCUAUGGAAGUCGGACCUUCAAUUAACUUGUGCGAUAAUAAAAAAUCAGAAGAGAAAGAUGAUUUUUGCAAUGACGAUACUGAUGUUGAAUUUAUUGAACUGCAGUCAAACUCGUUUAAAGAAAACUCACUAAAUGUUUUUAAUAGUUUUCAAAAAACAGACAUUUUAGAAACACUUUAUGGACAAGAAUCUAGUGAUGAAAAGGCGAUCAUUAAUGCAGAUAUAGAUACAGAUACCAAUUUCCCUACUAAUUUAAAGUUUCGUUCUGGGGAAAUGAGAAAUGAAUCUCAAAGUACAUUGAUAGAAGAUGAAGUUAGUCACUCGGCGGUUGAUGCAUCAAAUACAACAUCACCAUCUAGUGGUUCUAAAAUACAAAAGUCUUUGUUUGUGGACUUGACUCAGAACCUUAGCGAUCAAAAUCUUGGGGACGGUGAUCAUUUCGUUAAACCUUCAUUCACAGAACUUUCAAUUCUUUCAAAUGAUGGAGCAAACGAUAUUCACAAAAACCUUUUGCAGCGUAUUUUAAAAAGAAAAGCUGUUGAUGAAAUUCAAGAUCUAAAUACUUUGAAACGUUCAAAUAAACGAUCAUUGGUGGAAAUAUGUUCAAUGUCUAAAGCAAGCAAUCUCUCGUCAGCAAUUUCGGAUCCAAACUUUUCAAAGCCGCAACAUCCGAAUUUACCUUCACUGCAUGAAAGAGAGCCAAAUGAGAAGGAUUUAAGUGAUGAUAAUCUUAUCGGAAACCAGGGAAACUGCGCAAUUAGUAAACCGGCCGACAAUAACAAGAAAUUUAGUAUUGAAGACUUGGUGGAUGAUUCUCUUUCUUCUUCAGACUUUGAUAUUUUGGAGCAAGAAAUGUUGAGCAGGCCUCAAACAGCAUUCAUUUCGGAACCUUCAUCCAUGGUUACCAGUGGAAUUAAGGCAAGCAUUAUGCACGAACAGAUGGAUCAAACAUUUGCUAAUGGAGAAAAAAAAACUUUAGUUGAAAUUGAGUUAUCUUCAGUUCAUGUGCCACUACCUACUGCACAAAAGUCAUCUAUGCAACAACCGAAAUCUUUUUCAUCUAAUAAUAGGCUCCUUGAUUUUGGAAAUGAUUAUAUUAGAGAAGAGAAAGUCAUUUCCCUGAGCGAUAUGGAAGUUUCUUUUUCCGUACCGAAAUUGCAAAAUUCUAUAUCUUACACGGUCUCAAAGACUGUCGAUGGCCAUGAACUUAUUGAAUUUUCAAGUGAAAGCGAAAAUUAA